AUGGAUGUUGCGAGACCAGCAAACGUGAAACUACUACGAGAAUUUCUUGGAAUGGUUACGUACUACUCGAAGUUCAUUCCGAACGUAUCAGCUACACUUAGCCCAUUGUAUCGGCUGUUGAAGAAGGAUGUGAACUAUGAAUGGACUUCCGACUGUGAGGCUGCGUUCCAGGAUAUCAAGUUGAAGAUUUGCUCGGACAACGUGUUGAUUCCAUACAAUCCUGAUUGGCCGGUAGUAUUAGUUACAGAUGCUUCUGGCAAAGGCAUUGGUGCUGCGCUGUUUCAAGUGUGUCCAGAUGGAAAUCAAAGACCAGUGACUUUUAUUUCAAGAGUACUGAAAAACCACGAGAAGGAAUACUCUCCGCUGGAUAUGGAAGCUUUGGCUGUGUAUUACGCUGUUCGAAGGUUGAGCGGUUAUCUACUUGGACGAAAUUUUACGUUUUGGACCGAUCAUCAACCGCUAAUAUCACUUUUUGGACGAAAAGGCAUUCCGGAUAUGGUGUUCGGCAAGCUGCAGCGCUGGGCAGUGUUCCUGGCCAAUUAUGAUUACGAGAUCAAAUAUAUCAAAGGAGUCAGCAACAAGGUGGCCGAUUUUCUAUCAAGAUCUCCGGUAUUGUGCUGUGAGGACGACGAUAUUAACGAUGAAGAAGCGAUGUACCUGCAGUUCAUAAAAUAUGAAACAAGAUCAUUGGUAGAACGGAAGCAAUUAAUUGUUGAAACUCGACGAGAUCCUGCCCUGAGUCGUGUUGUGAGCUACGUCAAGACUGGAUGGCCAACCAAUGUUCAAGACCCAGAGUUGAAGAAGUUCUUCGUCCGCAGAACAGAGCUAAUCGUGGAAGAGGAAGUACUGAUGUGGGGUUACCGUAUCGUGGCACCUGCGAAACUUCGGACGUUCCUGCUUCAAGAAUUGCACUCAACGCAUAUGGGGAUCGUCAAGAUGAAGUCGUUGGCGAGGAAUUAUUUCUGGUGGCCUAGCAUCGACAAGGAUAUUGAAGACUUGGGUAAGCGAUGUGAACAAUGUAUCCAGUUCCGGCCUGAAUCUGGGAAUGUGCCGAUUUCUCCAUGGAAGCUAUGUUCCCGGCCAUUCGAGCGAGUUCACAUAGAUCAUCUGUUUUUGAAGAAUAAGAACUUCCUGAUCAUAACGGAUAGCUACUCCAAAUGGGUGGAAGUUUAUUUGGUGAGUUCGCUUACGACUAAAGAGACCAUUGAGAAGCUGGAGGAUUGUUUUGGACGAUUCGGAAAUUGCGAUGUUCUGGUGGCGGAUAAUGGAAGAUCGUUUACUGCGGCCGAAUUUCAAGAAUUUUGCAAGGAUAAAGGAAUACGACAUCUGACUUCAGCACCUUACAGUCCCUGUUCAAAUGGUGCGGCUGAAAAUGCAGUGAAGACUUUCAAGUAUGCUUUGAAAAAGAUGCUAACUGAUAGUAAUAGCCGUGGUAAGUCACUUUCUUCAAUGAUGAACCAUUAUCUUCAAAUGUAUCGAGCGACGCCGCAUUGUACAACAAACGAGACCCCAUUCAAACUAAUGUUUGGACGUGAAAUGAGGACUAGAUUUGAUACCUUACGAAAGGACAACGUUGUGAAACAUGCUGUGAAGACAUGGAAGUAUAACGAAAACAAGAAAGAUACCUGUUUUGCUGUUGGCGAAUCGGUUUAUGCGAGGGACUAUCGAGAUCCUGACAGACAGCGAUGGAUUAAAGCGACGAUUUCAAGAAGGAAAAGCCAAAAUAUUUACGAGUGUGCUGCUGCUGAGCUGGGUACGAUUACACGAAGAACCCAUCAACUGCUGAAAUACGAUUAUGACGAUUAUGAGGACGAUAACAGUGGGGAAAGAGAUCCGGUUGCAGAUGAUGAUCAUGAGCCUGUUCCGGACGAUGAAUAUCAAUCGGCAGAAGAUGAUGCAUUCGAUGAUUCCGUUCCAGUUCAACAACAACGCGGCUACUAUCGUGAUGAUGGAAUAUACGUUUCAAGAAGCAACCGAAUGGUUCGCGCUCCAGACCGGUUCUAG